AUGGAUCAAAUUCAUGAUAAAAUUCGCGAUCUGGACGAGAAAAUAGAUGCAUCAAUCAAGAAGAGCAGAAAGAAUUUAAUGAUGCAAACGGACAAAUCAUUUGAAGAGCAAAAAGAAUCGGACGUAAUCUCGACUGCAAGUACUAAUGGACAAUCACUUACACUUGAAGUACUGGAAGCUGAAGAUGAUAGAUCGCGUUCAGAAUUGAAGAAUACAGAAUCAAACAGCUCUGAACCUUUGGUGAUGGCAAUGAAAAUUAACGUUGUGGAGGGAUCUGAAUCGCCAAUGUCUUUAUACAUCGAAAUGGAUGAAAUUGAAAAAGAGUUAAAUCAAAGUGACCCAUUGCCUUUUAAGGAUUUACAUCAAAAGAAGCAAAAAUUACAGGAAAUGAAUGAAACUUUAAAAAAAGUUGAGCGUGCAAUUGACGAAUCACAGAUGACGAUGGAUUUGAUGGAAAAUGAAGCGGCACAUGAACGGCUCAAAGCACUUCGAGAUUGGAAGGACCGUCGCUUGAAUGAAAUAGAUGAGCUGAUAAAAGCUGAAAAUAGCUUAGAGAAAAACAUGGAAAUCAGUCAGAAACUACUGGAUGAAAUUGAUAAAGCACUAAUUGAAAUUGAUAACCGGAAGAAAUCACCGGAAUUAGAAGAAAUGGAACGUGUUGCACUAUCUUUAGAGGAUCAUUUACAACGAGCUUUGGCACAAAUACAACAUACUUCAUUAAAGGCAGAACCACUAUUAACACAAAUAGAUGAGGGAGAAGCCGCUCAACUUCGUGACAGAUUACGAAAUAUUGGUGAACAGUGGAAAGAGUAUGAAAAUAUUGUUCGGGAAAAAAGACGCCGAUUCGAUGAACAUUUUGCAGACGAAUCGGAAUUGAAUAACGAAAUGGAAUUACUCCAAUUUUGGUGUGAUGAAACGGAAGCGGAAUGUGCCAUCGUUAUCAGUCCAUUGAAUUUGCCUGUUUUGAAGGAACUUUCAUCAAAAUUAGAGGAACGUUUAAAUAGCUAUGAAAUGAAACAUGCACAUUUGCAAAUCAUUGAACGUUUAAAAGAUUAUUUAAUUAACGCCCAAAUAACGGAUCCAACCAGUAAACAUCGAAUACGACGAGCUGUUUCCGAAAUUGGAAAACGUAUUAGCUUGAUUCGUGGUCUUUUGCGUGACCGAAAAUUAGAACUUGACAGUGCUGUAAAUAUUGCCGCAAAUUUCCACGAUGAUUUGAAUAAAUUGCAGAAAUUUUGUGAGCGAACAGAAAAAGCAGUUCAAUUAGUAGAAAGUGCGACAAUUUUUGUACCGUCCGGUACCGAUUUGGACUAUGUUCGUUUGCAUGAAGCGGAAACUGAUGAAAUUGCUAGAAGAGUGGAACAGCAGUGGAAAGAUAUUUCUUCCUUAGAAGGAUCAGUGGUCGACGAUCAUCUCAGAAUUAUUGUGGAAAAUACCUUACGUAAAUGGAGCAACGAUAAGGAAAAAUUGGCUGUCACAGCUUGUUUACCAACUCUUGAACAUGACUCAUCGUCUGUAACAUCAGGCUUGUUUACGAAAGAAGCGAUUGGAGAAGAAGAAUUGACAAGUGGAAUGCGAACAGUUUUAUCAAGUAUUGUUGAAGAAAAAGAAUCUCACACAGGUGAGUAUGGGACUUUGAAUGAAUCUGUUCCGUUUGAGGAAUCGGUUGCAUCAAAUCUGUCACCCAAAGAGCGACUUCUAAUGGACAAUAUCGUGCAUACUGGACAUUGGCUAACGGAAAUAGAACGUGACGCAUCGUUAACUGUUGAUUUAGCCGAUUCGGAAUGCAUAAGAAAUGCAAUUAUUCAAAUGCAGGCUUUUAUUGAUCAAUUAAAAAUGCGUCAUUUGGAUUUGAUUCGAAUUUUGGACGAAAGUCAGAAUAAGGUAGUACGAGAAAGGAGUGAAGUAAUGACAGUGGAAUGCAAUAAAAUAUUAGGUGAAUGUCAGAGAAGAAAAAUAACAUUAACUAAAAUGUUAGAAGACAGUCGAAUUUGGGAUAAGUUAAGAGUGACAUUAACUACUUGGCUCACGGAUGCUCAGGAAAGAGUAAUUGAUGGCAGUAAGGUGGAUGCCGCGAAUGUACAGACAUUGAAAGAAGAACUCAAUAAGAUUCAAGGAAUAGUCGAGACAGCGGGAGAAAUGAAAUUAAAGAUGGAUGAGUUAAAUGAGCGCAGUAACGCUUUGUUGAACAAUUACCGCGCUGAUGAAGGACAUAACUUAUCUCAUACAAUUUCAAAAUUGAAUGCUUUAUGGAGUAAAUUUAAUGAUAAUGUUCGUAUUCGACGAGCAGUGUUAGAAGCGGCUCUUCGAACCAGAACUGAUUUUCAUUCUGCGCUUGAACAACUGGAAAAAUGGAUGAAUGGUGUUGAGAUGUCAUUGGCAGAGUUGAAUGAAAUAACAAUGAAUACGCAGAUGCUUAAAGAUUCUGUUAAAAGAAAAAAAUGGAUUGAAGAUGAGAAGAGUGUGCAAGCUGAUAUCAACGCUCAUAAGGAUGUUAUCGGAUCGGUGAAAGAGAUGGGUGCUCAGUUAACACGUCGAGUGGAAGAUAUUAAAGAACAUGAACAACUCAAAGAGCGCUUAAGUCAUAUUGAUAUCCGAUGGCGACAUCUGCUCGGAUUAGCUGAUGUUAUCGGUACUCGUCUAAUGAAUGCUCAGGAAGAAUGGGAGAAAUUAUUUACGCAAAUGGCUGAAAAUUUACUUUGGGCUGAAGCACAAAGUAAAGCAUUACUUGAAGAACAACCAGUUGGUGGUUCGUUGGCUCGAGUGCAGGAACAGACUAAUUUUAUUCAGAAACUUGAGCAUGAAAUGAAGCUUCGUCAGCGUGAUGUUGACGAGUGUGUAACAUUGGCGCACAGUUACCUUAUGCAGCAUGACCUUCGACCCCGAAUGAGAAGUACCAGCACUUUGGCACCAGAUGAAGAAAAUGAUGAGAAUGCGGAACUGAGACGUGUUGGUAUUCAAAUUAAAUCUGAUAGCGAUCGUUUAGUGCAGGAAUGGAGUGAAUUACGAGAGCAAUUGAAUGCCUGGGCAUGUAUCAUUUAUGAUGCAAAUGCUAAGAUGGAAAAAUUAGCGUCAGCAACUGCUGAAUGUCAGCUGGCGCUUUCAAACAUGGAAGAACGAAUGGGACAGCUUCGACCCAUCGAAGAGUUAAGAUUAGAAGAGUUAACGACAGCGGUUGACGAAACUGAACAAUUGAAAGAGUAUUUGGCUCGAACACGAAUGCAUAUUGAUGAUGCUAAUGAUUGGAGUGGACAACUGUUAGCAUCAGAUGUCGAAUUGGCAUCUGAGCCAAGUGAACAGUUGAGAUCAAUCAAUGAUAGGAUGAUGAAUUUAAAAUCAGAUUUACAUAUUCGUGCGGCGGCUUUGGAACGUGCCAUGAUCGAUUUUGGUCCAUCAAGUCAGCAUUUCUUAAAAAACAGUGUUCAGGCACCUUGGCAACGAGCUGUUUCAUCUUCUAAUCAUUUACCUUAUUAUAUUAAUCAUGAAACAGAAGUAACUCAAUGGGAUCAUCCAGCAAUGGUCGAAAUUAUGGAAGAGUUGACAACUUUCAAUCAGGUCAAAUUUAGUGCUUAUCGUACAGCAAUGAAAUUACGAGCAGUCCAGAAACGCCUUUGUUUGGAUUUGAUAACUCUGGAAGAUGUAGAUUCGAAGUUACAAACGCUGAAUUCAAUGUUAGGUGAGCAAUGCUUAUCAAUGAAAGAUGCGGUAAUGUGUUUGGUUCCGCUCUUUGAAGUGGCGCAACAAAAGUAUCCCAAACUGAUACAUUCUAUACCAUUGGCUGUUGACUUAUUGCUCAAUUUUGCCUUGAAUGUAUUCGAUCCAGCGCGUGAUUGUAUCCUGCGGGCAUUUUCAUUUCGUGUACUAUUAGCUACAUUGUGCAAUUCAAAUUUGGAAGAUAAAUAUAGAUACUUAUACCAACUUAUUGCGAACAAUGAAGGUGUCGAUCACAAGAAACUUGCCCUUCUCUUAUACGAUAUCAUUCAUAUCCCACGAUUUUUCGGCGAAGCAGCAGCAUUUGGUGGUUCAAAUGUAGAACCAUCGGUGCGGUCAUGCUUUGAAACGGCGAAAUACCCACGAUCGAUUUCAAUUGAUGAAUUUUUGAAUUGGUUAAAAAAGGAGCCGCAAAGUAUUGUUUGGUUAUCUGUCAUGCAUCGACUAGCUAAUGCCGAAUUUGCUAAACAUCAGGCGAAAUGUAAUGUUUGCAAAAUGUUUCCAAUUAUUGGAUUGCGUUAUCGUUGUCUACGGUGUUUUAAUGUUGACGUUUGUCAGAACUGUUUCUUUAGCCAAAGGCUUGCUAAAAAUCAUAAGUUAUCACAUCCCAUACAGGAAUAUUGCUUACCGACAACAUCAGGUGAGGAUGUGCGUGAUUUUGGCCUGAUAGUGAGAAAUAAAUUGCGGUCGAAAAGUAAGACACGAAUUGGUUAUCUACCGGUGCAAACGGUAGAUGAGGGGCCUCCGUUGGAAACCAGUAAUAUUGUACCAGUUAAUCCAUUCACUGAACCGAUCCAUAAUCGAAUACAACUCUGUGCUCGAAGAUUAUGGAGAGCACGAGGUGAAAAUGAUACACCGAUACUUGCUUCAAAUGAUACUGGAGAGGAAAUGAAAAUGAGUACGACAGAAUUGAAGUCACCUUUACAACUUUUAUCUCAGGUUGAACAAAUGCACAAGGAAGAGUUAGAUCAAGUACUGCACAAACUGCAACAUGAAAAUAGAGAAUUGAAAAAAGAAAUUGAAAGACGGAGGAAGCUUGGUAACGCUGUGGGUUCAACGCCUAACCUGACACGAGGCGGUAGUUCAACAAUGUCACGGAGUGUCACUAAUAAUAUGGGAACAGGACGAUCUGUUCCCUCACUUUCUAAUUCCGGUGAUGAUCAACUAUUAAGAGAGGCAUAUCUGUUGCGGCAACAUAAAGAACGACUGGAACAACGAAGUCGAAUAUUGGAAGAACAGAAUCGUCAGCUUGAAACACAACUUGCAAGGUUACGAACGGUCAUUGCUCAACAACAAAAUGUUGGAAAUGAAAAUAAGGAAAGUGGAACAGAAGAGAUUGAAUCGAGUGCUACUUCGGCUGAGGAGGAUGAAGGAAUCGAGUAUGACACGAGGCCAAAUCGUAUGAAUUCUCUGAUUGCUUCAAUGGAUCAGUUGGGUCGUGCCAUGCAGUCAUUUGUUAUUUCGGUUGUUAACGAUGAUGAUGAAACUAAUGGGGAUGACGAUGAAUUGACUGUCACUGAAAUUCAUUAA